AUGUCUGGCGUGGCGUCCGCAUUGGCUGGUCUUGACAUGGGCAUGCCCGGCGAUGAGAUGAUCCCUCUGCUUGGCACGAGCUACUUCAUGUACGACCUUACGAGAGCCGCACUGAACGGGUCGGUACCCAUGGACCGAAUCAACGACAUGGCAACCCGUGUUGUGGCGGCAUGGUAUCAAAUGGGCCAAGACAAGGACUACCCGCCACCAAACUUCUCCUCCAACACCGAUGCGGCCACGGGUCUCCUGUACCCCGGCGCUGUCUUCUCGCCCAGCGGCAUUGUGAACCAGUUUGUCGACGUCCAGGGUGACCAUGCGACCGUUGCGCGGCAAGUGGCCACUGAUGCCAUCACGCUGCUUCAAAACACGGGAUCACUUCUGCCGUUGGGUGUGUCACGCCCACUGGUUGUGUUUGGCACCGAUGCUGCCGUCAAUCCUUCCGGUCCCAACGCAUGCGGCGACCGCUCAUGCGAUACAGGCACGCUGGGAAUGGGCUGGGGUUCCGGGACAGCCAACUACCCGUACUUUGACGACCCGAUCACAGCACUGAAGAACCGGAACACUGGCGGUGUCACAUACCACAACUACGGCAGCUGGCCUUGGUUUUUCCCACCCUCGCAGAGCGGCGACGAAGUCGCCGUAGUUUUCAUCUCAUCUGAUUCGGGUGAGAACCAGUAUACUGUCGAGGGCAACCACGGCGACCGCGACUCGGCGGGUUUGUCGGCCUGGCAUGGUGGUGAUGCGCUGGUUCAGUCUGUGGCAAAGGCAUACGACAAUGUGAUUGUCGUUGUGCAUACCGUGGGGCCGAUCGUCAUGGACGCAUGGAUCGACCUACCGUCCGUCAAAUCCGUGCUCGUGGCUCAUCUCCCCGGUCAAGAGGCGGGUGAAUCGCUAGCCGAUGUCCUGUACGGUACCGUGACGCCGAGUGGCCACCUGCCUUACUCGAUCCCGAAGCAAGAGAGCGACUAUCCGUCCAGCUUGGGCAUCCGGGGCUUUGCGCUUGGUCAGAUCCAGGACACAUACUCCGAGGGUCUGUACAUUGACUACCGCUAUCUCAUGAAAAACAACAUUACACCCCGCUUUGCCUUUGGCCACGGCCUCAGCUACACCAACUUCUCGAUGAGCAACGCGGCCAUUUCUGUCGGCACGGCCCUGACCUCCACGCUGCCUGCCGCACGGCCGUCCAAACUUCCCACGCCGUCGUACUCAUCCGCCAUCCCGCCGGCAUCGGAGGCAACUAUGCCAGCCGGCUUCUCUACAAUCUGGCGCUACCUGUACUCGUGGGUGAGUCUGUCCGACGCGCAAGCCGACAUUGCGGCCUCGGCCACGUCUACGUACCCUUACCCGGCCGGCUACUCGACGACACAGAAGAACGGCCCCGCGGCUGGCGGCGCACAAGGCGGCAACCCGGCCUUGUUUGAGGUGGCAUAUACGGUGUCUGUGACAGUGGAGAACACGGGAAAAAGUGCUUCGGGCCGCUCGGUGGUACAAGCAUAUGUCCAGUUUCCGGACAGCAGCUCAUACGACACACCCGUGGUGCAGCUCCGCGACUUUGCCAAGACAGACACACUGGCGCCCGGCGGCUCGGGCACGGUGAGCCUACAGCUGACGCGCAAGGACCUGAGUGUCUGGGAUGUCGUGCAGCAGAACUGGCUGCUACCCGGCCUGCCAAGCGCGGAACGCUACACGAUCUGGCUGGGUGAAGCGAGCGACCAGCUGCAUACGGCGUGCUACACGGACACGCUAACCUGUGAGAGUGGGUUGACAGGGCCGUAG